CUCCUCAUUCUUCAUAACUCUAAUAUGGUGCAUAGGGAUCUUCAUCCUAAAAAUAUUCUUUCUGAUCAAGAAAGAUGGUUUCUUAGUGACUUCGGACUUUGUGGGCCUAUAGAUAAAAAUCAGACCAAUAUCUGUGGACAUGCGAAAGAAUUAUUUAAUCAUUUUGAUAAGAUGCUUGAACAAAUUGGUAAUGGUAAUAUUAUAAAAAUCAAAUGUUUAUUUCUUUUUACGCCCAAUAAACUAAUAGUUAAUAAUGUGCUAAAAGAUUUUGAAGGUAAAAUUAAAUUGUAA